GACGAGGCGCUGGAACAUCAGACUUGCGCAAAUGUUUCGAAAUCCAAUGCAAAGAAUAUUACCAAAGGCGUCUUUUCAAACAAACCCAUUGAAAGAUGAUUAGCAGGUGUCUUGUGUUCGCCGUGUUCUUCGUUAGAUGCGGACUGGCCGCUGUAUGCACAACAGAGGACUACACUGGCCAUGAGAAAGCCCUCACAAAAAAGGACACUUUUGAAGGAGGGAACUUCAACAGAGGCCAUCUCAUGCUGGAUUCACUGUACACAGUUCCGUGUUGCGGGGAGGUGCAACAAUGGGAGAUGUAUGUAGAGCAACCCGGUCGCGUGCAACUCCAAAUAUGGCGAGGAACGGCGUCCGGAUACCAACUUGUCGGCCAAAACAACUUUACAUUGACCUCAGACGAAGGCUCAGGAGUACGAGCCGGAUUAAAGGAACAGUACCUACCCAUAAUUCCAGAGCAGAGAAUACAAGUUCAGGCUAAUGACGUCAUCGGCUGGGCAACUCCUGAUGAUGAGAUUAUUCCUUAUAAAAGAGAAGGGAGCGGAUCUCUGGUUAUACAGGAAAGUAUGGCAGAUGUGGCGGUGGGGGGUGAAUUCGACUGGAGCACAGGGACACUCAUUAACAAGAGAUAUUACGCCAUCAAAGCCAUUCUUGCUCCGGGAAAUGGUCCCGAGAUGAGUGCUUUUCCUACAUCCAUAACUUUGUCUCAUACGACAGCCCUCGGGACCAUCAUUUACACCCCAGUUCUAACAAGCAUGUCCGGAACAUUCUCACUCAGUUCCUCUGGAGAAUUUGCCAUUGAUAUAAAUUCAGGAGUAGUUACUUUAUCAGCUCCUAUGGCCGUGGGGUCGUAUAGCCUAUCCGUCAGCGUGACAGACUCCUGCGGGCGGUCUCAGACCCAGAGCUUCAUCGUCAUCUCAACCAAUGAUGCACCGACGCUUAGUGGACUGCCCUUCAGCAACGACCUGCAUGAAAACACCAUCCUUGAGACCUCUCUUCAUACCUUUAGCACAACAGAUAAUGAUGGUGAUUCGUUCACCUGUGCAAUAGAGAACACAUUUGGAAUAUUCUUACUGAAGUCUAACUUGACAGGAAGCAUCAUAGGUUACGAAAUAUACUCCAAGAGCAGUCCUGGCCUGUCCUAUGCAGCGGUUAGCACGUACACACUGAAUAUCAGCUGUUCUGACGGCAUCGACACGUCAUCAGAGAUAUUCAUCGUGUACAUUCUCCAGAAUGUUGCCCCUUCUUUUACUAAUCUACCAAGUUCCACAACAAUAUCUGCUAAGUCAACUCUGAUAGGAACAACAGUAUAUUCGGUUCAGUAUUCCGAUCCCGAUAGCAGUAGUCUGACAUUAAGCAGCAGUUGUUCCCCCUUACCAUGUCCAUUCUCUGUCGCUUCAGAUGGCACAAUAACUUGUACCACGGAUUUAAAAGGCGAGACAACUGUGUCAUACAGUCUAGAGUUCCACGUCAAAGACAGCCUAGUGUCAACCGGGCCGGGAACACUCACCAUUCAUCUCUCAGCUUUAAACACAGCUCCUGUCAUCCAGAAUCUUCCGCAAACUCUGUUUAUCAGUGAGCAUCUGUCUGUUGCCUCCCUUAUAUACCAGAUUUCCGUGUACGACCCGGAUGUUACUGACGUGCUAUCUACAACGUUUACAGUACAGCCCUCUAGUGGUGCUCUGCUCUUUGAAACUAAUACAACAGAUUUAACAGUCCAUUACGGGGCAUCGUUGAAUUAUGAAGCCUUAACCGCAUACAAUUACACGAUAUACGUGGCGGUAAGCGAUGGGAUAUUUAGUGAUGCCUCGUAUUUGACGAUAUCGGUGCUUGAUGAAAACGAACCCCCCAACGUCAAUCUCGAUACCUACUACAUUACUGUGGACGAGGGACAGAAAGACACGCCUCUUCCGGCAGUUGGAUUUGUAGUGACCGAUGAAGACAUAGGCGACAGCUACACUUACGCAAUAACAGAUGGACCGAAUUUCGUCAUCAAUGCCACAACGGGGGUUAUAUCAUUUGCUAUGGACAUUGAAGUGACCGUUACUUCCACAUUUAACAUUACCGUACAGGUAACCGACUCAGGUGGGCUAUUUGACACCUGUGUAGUGGUGGUCACAAUUAGAAAUGUCAACCGGAAGCCGUAUUUUACCAACUUACCGGUGACCCUCAGUUUUCCGGAGAACACGGCUUCCGGUACACUACUGUAUGUACUGGGAGUUGUGGACGAGAGCUUGGCGUCUACUUCCGUCUCCUACUCCAUCACGCCCGUGUUGGCCACCAAUCUGUUCUCUUACAAGGAUACAGACCGGAAGCUAAAUCUUGCGGAAGGAUUUAAUUUUGACUACGAAACAACCACUAUGUAUAACCUAACGUUCGAAGCCAACGACGGAUCUAUCACUUCGGACUCGGCAAUAUUAUGCCUGGAGAUUACCAAUGUCAACGAAGCCCCAAAAUUUCAAUCUCCUGUUUAUUAUAUUACUUUCAACGAAAAUGCUAGCGGAUCCACACUUCCAUCAAUAGCAUACAACGUUAAUGACCCAGAUGCUGGUGACACAUUGACGUACAGUCUAUUAACAGGAGAUUUCGUGACAAAACUUGGAAUAGACUCUGGCACGGGUCAGAUGCAUUUAACAGCAGACCUUUACAUAGAUUAUACACUCAGUACGAACACCACUGUCCAAGUUACGGACAUGAACGGGCUAUCGUCAACGGCUGUCGUUGAAAUGACGAUUGUUAACGUAAAUAGAGUACCUUACUUCCUCAACCUGCCUUUCACUUUAAACGUUGCCGAGAAUAUCCCGUCUGGAACUGUUGUGUAUGACGUCACUGCUCGAGACGAUGACACCACUGAUGUUUUAACAUACACUGUUGCUUUUGUACCCACAUAUGCGUCCGCUUUGCUGCAAUUUGAUUCGACAGGUAACACAAUCAAGUUGCGCGACAAUGCUACACUGAACUACCAGUUAUUGAAUCAAGUUGUGGCGUCAGUAACCGUUCAAGACCUGUCCGGGGCCACAGUGACGUCAAAUCUCACCGUCAACAUAGACAACGUCAACCAACCCCCUGUAUUCUCUUCCAAUCUGUAUUUUGGAGAAGUCGAUGACGGAACGUUAGGACUACCUGUCACAGUGUUGAUAUCUGCAACGGAUCCAGAUAUCACUGACGUUCUAUCGUACAGCAUUGAAAGCCAAAGCACUGCAGGAAUAUUUAGCAUCAACACAACAUCCGGGGAACUAUCCACGGCAGUAGAUGACGCCUACUACAAGACGUUUGGGAACUGCACCUUACUUGUUCAGGUUCAGGACCAAUUUGGUGCCUAUGACCAAACAACCGUAGUCAUCACUGUGAACCACGUGAAUACUAGGCCAGAGAUUGCAAAUUUCACCGGAAGCUACGAAAUUUCUGAAGCUCUUCCUGUCGGUUCCUUGUUAUCUAUUUUCUCUGUCACCGAUCCCGACUCUCUUGACAUCAUAACGAAAAGAAUUUCUUGGGACCCUGCCUCGGGUGUCGACAAGUUUUCCUUGAGUUUUUCAAGUAGACAACUCUACAUUUAUCUAAACGAGGCCGUAGAUUACGAAGUACAAUCUUCGUACAACUUGACUUUGAUAUUCAAUGACGGCUACGAGGAUUCGCCGUCCUAUCAGGUUGCUUACUCUGUUGGUGACGUAAAUGAAGCGCCCAGUUUUCAGUACAACACAUAUAAUGUCAAAGUCAAUGAAAGUGAUGCUGGGACUAUCAUUGACUUCGAUGUCGUUUAUUCCGACCCAGAUAUUGGUGAUACGACAACUUGCGAGAUAUUCAGCGGAAAUGAUAACCUGUACUUUGACAUUUUGUCUUCAACGUGUGCUUUGUCGUUGGCUAAGAACUACGAUAUUGACACUAGUCUACCCUCGACUCAUUCUUUGAUUGUCAAAGUAGUAGAUAGCAAGGGUCUCUCUGCAACAACAUCUGUCAACAUCGAAGUUCUGGAUAUCAAUGACAACGCCCCGCAAUUCGAGGGACCGGAAUUAGUUGAGUUCGUUUAUUCGGAUUCUUUAAUUGGCAGCCAAGUCCAGAAGCUUAGCGUAAGCGACAAGGACAGUUCUCUAAAUGCUCAGUUAACGUGCUCCAUGGACAGUUCUCACGCCGCAAGUCAGUUUGCACUCGCAGGAGACUGUACGAUUUAUCAGACCGAGAGUCUAGAGGGAAUGGCGGAAGGAUCGGAAAUAAAUUUUACGGCUGUCGUAAAAGACGCGGGAAAUCCUUCGUUGUCGUCAACUGCUUUGGUUCGAAUAAUUAUUCAAGGAACAGAGAAACCAGCAACCACUGCAGUCAGUUCCGGUGGUUUAAACUUUACGGACUGGGAGGUGCUGCUGAUCUGUGGGGCUAUAGGUCUCGUGGGUCUGUUGGGUCUAAUCAACGCGGUGAUGAUGUAUCGCAAAGGAUGCUGCAAGAAACUUCCAACAGGGAAAGACUCCUCCAAAGUAGCACAAAAGAAUAGAGUGGAAGAUAAGCCCGAAGAGCGUAAGAGCCGACCUAACUCUUCCCAAAAUGCUCGAAGGAAAACUAGAAGAGCACCUUCAUUGCCACUUACUACUCCAAAGAUGGAAACAGUUUCAGUUAGCAACGCUCGCUGUGAAGAUCUAGAACGGAUCCUGACGCCCACGGAUAUUUCUUUCAAUGACGGUUUUGAGACGGGGCGGUCUUCUAUCUCCAGUGACCGAUCCUUCCCGUCAUUCCCAAGACCCAGUCGCCGAAUCAGUGACGUAUUAGGCCCCCGAUCUAACUUUGACUAUGUAUGAUUUUUUUUAUUGGAUUAGCAAUUUUCUGUGGUUUUUUUUUCUUGUUGAAAAUCGUUACGUUAUGGUUUAUAUAAAAUUCAUGAAAUAAAAUCAGCUGUAUUCUG